AGCCGGGGCCGCGCUCCGCUGUGGGGCUGUGCUCCGCUCCCGGCCGGUCCCGCUGAGCCGGAGGUGCCUUUGCAGUUGUAGAACGACGCCCUAAAUGGCCGCGUGGGUACCGGUUCCACGCCGCUCGCGGCCGUGUUCCUCAGGCAGGCGCUGCUCGGGCGCGGCUCUCUGGCGCAAAGCGGCUGUAAGCGGGCGGGGGCUCCAUGGCACCCGUACGCAGUUCACAGCGUCCAUUUUCUGUUGCCCUCUUCACCCCCGGCCCGGCUGCAAGGGAUGAGACGAGCUGCACCUGCGCGCUCCCGUCUGCUGGCAGACAACUCCCUGGGACCCACAGCUUGGAGGGCGAGCGUGGGGCCGGUUCAGCGGCGAGCCCCAGGCAGAGCCCGGGUUAUGGGGCUGACAGGCUCCUGCUUGGCCGUUCCCCCGACCGCGGCGUGCGUGCGUCCGGUGUGAGGGCACAGCAGGGUGACGAGAGCGAGACGUGGGUCGCUCCUGGGGCGGAGUGGGGGAGAAGAGUCUCCAGGCAGUUCCUCACUGGCGGCGGGGCGUUCCUGCCAGCGCGGAGGGCUCUGCGGACCCCUGCGCUGGCACUGGAACAGGCACCGGCAGCUUAAACCCGUCGGUGUCAAAUGCAGAGGCAGCGGUUCCCCGGCCCCGCGCUACAGCAGGUUGGGAUGUUGGUCUCUAUCCUUUCCUGUCACAUGGCUGGUAAUAGGAUCCCUCAUCUGCCACUCGGCACCUCGCCGGGGCGCAGUUUCAGGACACAUGCUGUAGGGCCGCCGCUUCCCGCACUUCGCGCUCUUCCUGGCCGCCCGCGACCACCUCUGCCCCCAGAGCGGUGGGGCUGCCUCCUACGAGUGCGGUGCGGCCCCGCGGCCGCUGCCCAUGGAGCCCCCCGCCCUCGCUGCCGUCCUGGCCUUGUCAGGGCUGGCGCUGAGCUGCUGCCGGGAGCCCGUUCUCUCCGAAUGUUAUACAGCAAAUGGGGCCGACUAUCGUGGCACUCAGAACCAGACCUCCCAAUAUGCAGGGAAACCUUGUCUUUUUUGGAAUGAAACCUUUGAGCAUCCUUAUAAUACUUUGAAAUAUCCCAAUGGGGAGGGAGGGCUUGGAGAGCAUAACUACUGCAGGAACCCUGAUGGCGAUGUGAGUCCAUGGUGCUACAUUGCAGAACAUGAGGAUGGAAUAUAUUGGAAAUACUGUGAAAUUCCAUCCUGCCGAAUGCCGGGGAAUCUAGGGUGUUACAAGGACCAUGGAGAGCCACCACCUUUGACUGGCACCAGUGAGACCUCCAAUAAACUUACUAUCCAAACAUGCAUCAGUUCCUGUCGAAGUCAACAAUUCAAGUUUGCAGGCAUGGAGUCAGGUUAUGCUUGUUUCUGUGGAAAUAAUCCUGACUACUGGAGAUAUGGGGAGGCAGCCAGUACGGAAUGCAACAGUGUUUGCUUUGGAGACCAUACUCAGCCUUGCGGUGGGGAUGGCAGAGUCAUUCUUUUUGACACCCUUAUUGGUGCCUGUGGAGGGAAUUACACUUCUGCUACAGCUGUGAUCUAUUCCCCAGAUUUUCCUGACACAUACGGCACAGGCAAAGUCUGUUACUGGACCAUACAGGUUCCAGGAGCAUCUCAAAUCCACUUCAGCUUUGCCCUUUUUGAAAUCAAAGAUGCUACAGAUAUGGUGGAACUGCUGGAUGGCUAUACCUAUCAUGUUCUAGCUCGUUUUAAUGGCAAGAACAGGCCUCCCCAGACAUUUAACAUCUCUUUGGAUUUUGUCAUUUUGUACUUUUUCUCAGAUGAAAUUAAUCAAGCCCAGGGAUUUGCUAUCAGAUACAGAGCUGUGAAGGACAAUGCGCAUCAAAACAAGAUUCUAGUGAAUCAGACCUUUUCAGAGAAGAUAAAUGAACAGGCAAAUCUCAGCAUCAGCGCAGCCCGGUCAUCAAAGAUACUUUAUGUCAUCACAACCAGCCCAAGUCAUCCCAGUAGCUCCAUGCCUGAGUGGACAAUAUAUAGUCUCACAGCACUUCUCCUCCUAAGUAUUACAGCCAUAAUAGCAAAGAUAUUCCUCCACAUUACCGUGAGAUCCCAUCAGAUACCAUCUGCAACUGGAACAGAAGAUUCCAAUGAGGUUACCUCUGCUGGAGAAAUCUGGAGUAUAUUUUACCAGCCAUCCACGUCAAUAUCCAUCUUCAAGAAAAAGCUUCGAAGUCAACAAGAUGAUUGCAACCCACUAGUGGGAAACUGAAGUAUCUUAUUUUACAAGAAUCAACCUUCUUAAAAUCCAGGUGACUUGGGAAUAAUUUUUUUUCUUUUUUCCUCUGAAUUUCAUACUUGUUUUCUGAAAAGUGCGUUUUCCAAAGGCUUUUAAGUGACUUUGCCUGUCUUCUGCUCCCUUGGGUACACUAAGGGCAACAGGAGCAAUUAACUGCAGCAAUAGUUUUGAACUAUCUGGUGUUCAUUGAAUCUGUGGUGCUGUUAAUUACUGCCUUGAGACUAGUGCACUUAAAAUCUGUGUAAAAACCUGUGAAACACAGAAUGCCCUGUACUCCUGCAAAAAGUGACUGCAAAAAGGAGUAUCUGCAGGUUGAGGACUUCUUGUGUCCUGCUUUCCUGUGUAACUGUAUUGUGUCAGGCUACUUUAGUCCCUUUUAUCUCAAUGCUGAAGACUGAGAUAGGUACUGAUAACCUGCUGAGCUGCCAAAGCAACCAGAAUUCACUAGCCUGAAUAUAAAUGUGUUUAACUGGUUCUGCACAGUAAAAUGGGAGUCAAAGACUUUGCGAUCAGCCUGGUUGCCCAGUGCUCUGCUGCUUCUACGGUUUCUAGAAGCAUAGAUGUACAAAUAAAAUCAAAUUCAGGAGACAAACACUCUGGAAUUUCAGCUGCAAAUGUGAAUUUUGAUGGAGAAAUGCUUACCAGGUCAGGAUCAGCAUGAGCAAUGGAGACUUUUAAAUGACCGUGUUUGACCCAUCAUUCACUGAUGGUUAUGAUGAUUUUGUUCAUAUUCACAGUGAUCUUUUAAAACACUACCAUACUCCAGACUGAAGUCCUGGAUGUCAGCCUGGGACUUCUUAAAGGAUUGUCCAAAGAAAUUGUAAAUCCACUGAAUUUUUAAACAGUGAGGCUGACUAAGACAAAUUCUUACUCUGAAGUUAAAGAUACUGAUCUUGGCAGCCUAAACUACAAAGUUGUAGCCUGCUGUCAACAAGUCACCUAUGCCAGGCUGCGCAUCUGAGCAUAUACAAGUUGCCUUGAUACUUACUUGUGAGAAGAAAAAGUGUCUCUGUGCCUGCAAAAUUAAAACUGAACCGCAUUUUUUAGAUUAAUACUCCUGACUGUCAAAGAACUAAUACGUCAGUGGGGAUCUGAUCUGUGAAAUUUCUCAUUGAUUGCAACAGACAGAAUUAAGUCUUUUUCCUCUGUGGCAGAAUAUCUGUCUGCCCACAAUGCUCAAACUUCUCAUCCCACCACUGGGGAUCAACAGUGGUGAUAUAUCCAACCUUUCAGCCUCAGCCAGUCAGACUAGCAAGAUAUUUGGGAAAAGCUGAUAAUGCAGAAAUCAGAUAAAUUGACUGGAAAACUGAAUGAGCAGCUCUGUGAACUAAGAGGACAUUCAGUGAGAGCCAUUAAAGUACAAAUGGACAAAUGGAAUAGAUACCAGUUUAAAUAUACACCAACAGUCAGUGUAUAUCAGAACUGCAGUCACAGAACAACUAUUAAAUGCAUCUGCAAAAGAGAGCUAAUAAACUUGUAACCAAGCUUAAAUUCAUCAUAGUAUCUGCCCUGUUUUUAACAUGUAAAUGCCUACUCUUCAUGAGGUCUAGAGAUUUCUUUGGAAAAGCUGGCAUGUAAGAAUAAACAAUGAGAUACUGUGCCUUACUUGCCAUUGUAGAUCUAGUAUUUUACCUGAAUUUAAUUCAUCCAAGCUCCAUUUAUGUACCACAGAUGAGUGCCAGAGACAGCUGAACAAUAGCGCAACAAAUGCUUAAUAAAAACAAGACCUUACUGACACAGCAUUUAUGGAAUUGUUUAUAUAAAAAACGUGGAAUAUCAUGGGAACAUCUAGUACUUUAUUGCAUGAGCUGCUGGAAAGAACAUAGGAAAAUACAAUUACCAUAUUGCCUAAAAUCAAGACAGGACAAGUUGUAAAAUACACUUGUUCCCUCUUUCGUGUCAUCACAUUGAGCCAAAAACCAUUACCUCUUUCAGACCAAACAAAAAAUUCUGAAUUGACGUUUUAACUGUCAAGUUUUGCAUCAUACUGUGUAGGGAAGGUGUCCAUCUCAGAUUCCCAGCAAAACAAAUUAGUUUGCUUCCUAAGCAUGCUUAAUAUGGUUCAGUAAUGGAAAACUGGGAGGAGAGAGUCACACUGUAAAGCUAGAUCCUUAAGAGAGAAGUUAUGAGUACACUGUGAUGAAGCUGUUUGCUUGCCUUAUUAAAUGUUCUUGAGCAGUUAAAUAGUCAAAUAGUCAAAGGGCUAUUCAUAUCAGCUAAUGCUAAUAAACUGGGGAAGAAAAAAUAAAUCAGUGUCCCAUGACUGAUUUCUGCCCACUGCAGAAUGAAAAAAUACAGAACUGUUUAGACUGGUCUUCAGAAAAUAAUGUAAUUUCCCUAUAAAAUUAGGGAAAGCCCAUUACAAACAACCACGAAAAAGAGAAAUGCUGCUAAUGCAAAAUCAGAGAAUUUAGAAACUGAGGUUUUGCUUUGGUCCCUUAGUCCUCAACUAUUUUUUACAUAAUAAAAUUGCAUUUCAUGGGCCUGUCUUAGGGAAAGUUUACCCAAUUUCUGUACAAAAGACCCAUAAAACUAGCAGUUACAGCAGAUUAACUAGCCAUGGCAACAAUGAAUGUGACUAAGCCUAAGGUAUUGGACAGUGUGCAGGUAAACACACUACUAACAGUGUAGAGGAAAUUAUGAUGUCUCCCCCACCCCCUGAAUCUUUCAGAUUGUCUGAGUCUAGAUACUUUUAAUACAUGGUCCCUUAAAUAGCACUUCUUCCUCUGCAGGCAUGAGAUCAUAGGAAGCAGGUAGGGUCUCCUGUGGAUUUUUAGAAGAUGUGGUACGGUGGGUUGUGCUCCCUGUGCAAACACUUCAGUGGAUGGUGGUAAAUGGCCAAUGUUUGUGGCAGCCAUUAACAUCACUUUUUGAUGUUUCCUAGAAGGCUUUGGGGAGGGAAAGAAGAAAAGUCUGAUAUGCACAGCUGUUAUAAUCCCAGAGGAUUCAGCAUACAGGAAUGGUCCUGUGGCACUAGCAGCUGAGUGCUGACAGCUGGAGGGCACAGACACCUUGGGUGGUUCGUGUUCAUAGUGUUACCUUCCACUAACUGAAAUGACUGCGGAAAAAUUUGUUUGGAAUUGUAUCUGAAUGGCCUUCUGACCUCCUACCCAGCAAUUCCCUCCACAGGCUGGACAGGCUGCAAACUUGACAUUGGCCACAAUUUCAAAAGCAACUGGUUUGACAACAAAACCAUCAAGAGGAGCUGCCUCUUCAUACACAGGCAUUCCCUCUUCACUCAGCUGGCUGCGUGGUGGUGCAGUAAACCAAUCAGGUUAAAAAUGAUUAUUGCUUUUUCUUCCCCAAGUUCCUUUUAACAGAGAUGAGUUCUCCAAGCUGCUUUACUGAGUGGGUUGCAAAGAGGUGAACUAGCACAGCUAAGUGGACAGUAAGCCAUAGUUAAAAGACAGUUGUCUACCCCAGAAGCAGAGCAGUAAGUACUCUUGAUAGCACUGCCAUCGCAGCAGUUUGUGAGCCUGCCUUCUUGCUUCAUGCAGCAUCUCAGUUACAAUAGCCUGCAGUGUCUGUGGCCCUCAGGUGAAAGGGGACAGCUGGACAAGUGGCAUCCUCCAUUCAAAAUGUACAUUUGAAACUAGUUUACUUUGUUGACUAGCUGAUUUCUGUUUGUACUUUUGUCUUAAUACUGUUAUGGGGGAAAUAGAGAAUAUGUUAUUUAAAAAUGUGUGAUAUGUUAUCAUAGUAAUAUAUAUUUAUAUAUGUAUAGGAAAUGCAUUAUUUAAUACAGCAUAUUAUGCUUGUAUGUUGCUAACAUAGGAAGAGAAAAUGUUAGUUUACACUGUGGGAAAAUAAAUUUUCUAUACACUGUAA